AUGCUCAAACAAUUCCUCAGAAGCGCGCGACCACCGCGGCGAAAACGUCGCAACAACAACGUCGACGACUUUGAGCCAGAAGCGAUUCCUCUCAUCGACCAUCCUUCAUCCAACAUUCACAUACCAAGCAAACCUCGCCCUACGCCACCAACUCGGCAGGAACAGCGGCAUUCUCAAAUCAUGCACUUUACCAAGGUUGUCGCCGUCACCAUGACGGCCGUUGGCUUGAUGGCGCCAGCUGUCGCGGCCCCAGUGCCUCAGCGCGAUUCCAUCGUCGCUCUUCAACAGGAGGGCUGUGUGAACUGGGCGUGCUGCCCCAAGGGAGACCUCCAUGUGCCAUAUGCUUGGGUUCGCAGCGACGACGGCGACAUCAGCAAGCGCGAGGAAGACUUCCUGAGCACUGAGAUGAACGAGCAGACCGCUGAGAAGGUCGUUCCUAUUCCAGGUGGCUUCUUGUGCGAGGGGCCGCUAUGCGCUGCAGCAGAUGGUCUCACGCGCAAGGAGGACAGCACCAGCAAGCGCGAGAGCGACUUCGUCAACAUCGAUAUGAAUGAUCAGGUUUCCGAGAGUAUGCCGUUUCCGGGUGGCGCGAUCGACGUCGUAGAAGACGGAAUCGGCAGAGCUUUCGGCGACGAGCCGGACGAAAAGACCACCGACGCUAUUGAGCAGCGCCAGUGUGUCCAACAUUGCUUGUUUGGUGGAAUUUGCUUCUGCAUGCCCGGCGAGGUCGACAAGGAUGGCAUCAGCGAGAACACUCUCAGCAACCCAGCUGUCGACAAGUCAGUCAACUCGCUAGAUGACCAGAGCAAGCCGGACGAUAUUGCUGUCAAGCGCGAUGGUGGCGAAGGCGACCCUGACGACUGCAACCCGAUAAGAGAGUGCCAUACCGGCUCGGGCAUGAAGCCUGGUUCACCUCCUAUUUGA